AGUCGAAUUUGAACAUCGUUCACAGAAAAUUUAAUACAAAAAUGAAGUUGAUUAUCCUUGCGUUGGCUCUCAUAAAAAUGGGACAUAGUUUUCCACAACAACCCGUCUCUAAUGAACCAAUCGCUAUCGUAAAAUACGAAAACGAAGGUGUCAAUGCAGACGGAUCAUAUACUUGGAGUUUGGAAACGGCCAAUGGUAUCAAAGCGGAGGAACGGGGUAUCUUUAAACCUGGUCCAAAUGAGGACGAAGGAAUCUUAGAGGUGUCCGGAAUGUCCGAAUACACCGACAACGAGGGCAAUCCGGUGCGAUUUUCGUAUAUCGCAAACGAAAACGGAUUUCAACCGCAAGGUGACCACAUUCCAACUCCUCCGCCAAUUCCUCCAGCGAUACAAAGGUCCUUGGAUUUUUUGGCGUCCCACGCGCCCGCUCAGGAAUCUGAAGGAUCAGCUUUAUAGCAAUAAUAAUUUGAUUUAAAUGAUAAUAUUUUGAGAUAUGCGCUGGUGCUUGUUUUGGUGAUCUAGUCUAAUAUGGGGUUUUUUACUUUUUUAUGUUUUAUUAUUUUUUUGCGAUCGUUUAGGAAUAAUAAAAUAAUUU